CAGGGAUGAAGCAGGGGCUGAUAGAGAUAGACCCUCCUGUUCCUAUGAUACAAACACCACAGUAUCCAUGAUGAUCAGAGCAGGUCAUCCUGGGCUUCAGCCUUCAGAGAGAGUGGUAGGAGACCCCUCUGGUGGGAGUCUAACAGGAAGUCUGUCUUCUCCUUCAGGGUCUCAUCUAAUGCCUUGUGAAUGGGUCCAUAGAAGGCCUGGGUCAAGCCUUCCUCAGGUACCUCAUGGUUACCCCACCAUUACAGACCGAGUCAGGAUGGGUGUUCACCACAAGAUGUACUUAACCUAUAACACAGGGCACCAUCCAAACAAAACCCAAACAAUGGCUAGAGGUCAAGGAGGGAACUCAAAUACGAACCACCUGAGGGUGGUCGCUCCUGCUUCUACCUCCUCUGGUGUCAUUGGGUCACAACGUGGGAGGCAGAGCAUUAAGACAGACGCCGACAAGCCGUAUGCCUGCCCCACGUGUGGGAAGUGCUUCGCUGAGGCGAACUAUGUGAAGGAGCACCAGACCGUUCACACCAAGGAGAGACCCUUCAAGUGUAAACUAUGUUACAAGAGCUUCUCCUUCCGGAGUAACCUUAUCAGACAUAGGAGUGUCCACAAUGGGAAGAAACCUUUCAGCUGUACCCAGUGUCAUAUGCGCUUCUCCCACUCGUCCAACCUGAAAAGGCACCAGAGGGUCCACACAGGGGAGAGCCCUAAAGCUGCCCCCAGUGUGAGAACAGGUUCUCCCACCAGAACCAGCUGAAGAUGCACCUAAAGGACCACACCGGAGAAAGGCUGUUUGCCAGGAAGAGGUUCUCAGAGAGGAGCUACCUCAGGAUACACCAGCAGAAAAACAAUUCCACUCUAUAGAAAGUAACCAUUCCACUCGAUAGCUUCUGACGUUUAGAUCAAACCCUGCAAUAAAGACAAAGAUGAAUUUUCAUCAUCAGCAGAAAAGAUCCACAUUGACGCAUUUGAAAUAAAGUGUAGCAGAUUUCAGUGUUGAAUAUUCCUGGGUAAAAUACUGCAUCGAGACAUUGUGUGAUAUUUAAGCCUAAAAAGUCUAUUACGUAUUGUUUUGUACUGUGUAGGCUAUAUGAUGUUCACAAAUGCCUAUUUGAUCAAGUUCAUGCAGAUUUUCUGUUGAGACAUUACACUGACAUUUUUGUCAUUUAGAAGACUUAAAAUUAGUGCAUUAUACACAGUUAUAGCAAGUACAUUUUUCCUCAAAGUACUUUGUGCCUUCAGAAAGUAUUCACACCCCUUGACUUUUUCCACAUUUUGUUCUGUUACAGCCUACAUUUUAAAUUUAUUAAAAUUGAUUCAUUGUCAA